AGACUAGGUCAACAAAACAUCAUCGUGUGUGAAUUUUUACAACAUCACUGUCGCGUUUCCGGUCCAUUUUACACGCUGCCUGCUCCAUUAAUUUUGACAGAAUAAUUUCCUCGCAGCAUCUGGUCCUGGAUGGAGCAGCAUAAUGCAAACCAGGUCGACGGCAAACCCAUAACCAACAAAAUGGGGAAGAAGGCCAUCGACAAGGCGAACGAUCUAAAUGAUCUCAAACAGGAGGUUAAAAUGGAUGAGCAUAUCAUCCCGAUGGAGGAGCUGGCAGCGAGGUACGGCACUAACCUCGAGACGGGUCUGACUCGAGCCAAAGCUGCUGAGGUGUUGGCACGAGAUGGACCUAAUGCUCUAUCCCCUCCAAAAACUACCCCAGAGUGGAUCAAGUUCUGCAAAAAUCUUUUCGGAGGUUUUGCUCUUCUUCUUUGGGUUGGAGCCUUCCUGUGCUACGUCGCCUAUUCUGUCGAUUUAUUCACAAUGGAAUAUCCAUCUAAGGACAAUCUCUACCUCGGUAUUGUACUGAUGACUGUCGUAGUAAUCACCGGUUGCUUCCAAUACUAUCAAGAAAGCAAAUCUAGCAAGAUCAUGGACUCGUUCAAAAACAUGGUCCCGACGUUUGCUCUUGUCCAUCGUGACGGCCAGAAGCAACAACUUCGGACGGAAGAGCUUGUCGUUGGUGAUAUCGUCGAAGUGAAGGGUGGAGAUCGUGUGCCAGCCGAUAUUAGAAUCAUCUCGGCCUUCGGUUUCAAGGUUGAUAAUUCUUCCCUCACCGGAGAAUCGGAGCCCCAGUCACGAUCGCCAGAAUGCACCAAUGAAAACCCUCUUGAAACCAAGAACGUAGCCUUCUUCUCCACUAACGCCGUAGAAGGAACCGCUAAGGGUAUUGUCAUCUACACUGGAGAUAGAACUGUCAUGGGUAGAAUUGCUCAUCUUGCUUCCGGUCUUGAUACGGGAAUGACACCUAUUGCUCGUGAAAUUGAGCAUUUUAUCCAUCUGAUCACUGGCGUGGCCGUGUUCCUCGGAGUGUCCUUUUUCAUCAUCGCUUUCGUUCUCGGAUAUCACUGGCUGACAGCUGUUGUGUUCCUUAUUGGUAUCAUUGUCGCCAAUGUGCCUGAAGGUCUUAUCGCUACUGUCACCGUAUGUCUCACCUUGACAGCUAAGAGAAUGGCUAGCAAGAACUGUUUGGUGAAGAAUUUGGAAGCUGUAGAGACUCUGGGAUCAACAUCGACGAUUUGCUCCGAUAAGACCGGAACAUUGACGCAGAACAGAAUGACUGUUGCUCAUAUGUGGUACGACAGAAAUAUCGAAGAAUGUGAUACCACUGAAAAUCAGUCCGCCAAUACAGGUAAUCGGGGUGGUCCAACCAUGGAUGCUCUUUUGAGGAUUGCUGCUCUCUGCAACAGAGCUGAGUUCAAGCCUGGCCAGCAAGAUAUCCCAGUGCUUCGUCGAGAUUGCACUGGUGACGCAUCCGAGAUCGCUCUGCUCAAGUUCACCGAGCUCGCACUGGGAAAUGUCAUUGCAUACAGAGAGAAAUCACCAAAAAUUGCAGAAAUUCCAUUCAAUUCCACCAACAAGUACCAAGUUUCCAUUCAUGAGAACCCUGGCAGCGAUUCCUAUCUCCUCGUAAUGAAAGGAGCUCCAGAGAGAAUUCUUGAUGUCUGCUCGACCAUACUUCUCAAUGGCAAAGAGGAACCGCUAGAUGAGAAACUUCGUGCUGAAUUCAACACCGCCUAUCUGGAACUUGGAGGAAUGGGAGAACGUGUGCUCGGAUUCUGCGACUACGAGUUGCCGGCCGACCAAUACCCCAAAGGCUUCAAAUUCGACACCGAAGAUGUAAACUUUCCUCUAAAGGACCUUCGCUUCGUCGGCCUCACGUCCAUGAUUGAUCCACCUCGUGCUGCUGUACCAGAUGCUGUUGCGAAAUGCAGAUCUGCUGGUAUAAAAGUCGUUAUGGUCACAGGAGAUCACCCAAUUACUGCCAAAGCCAUUGCCAAGUCUGUUGGAAUCAUCAGCGAGGGUACUGAAACCGUUGAAGACAUCGCCAUUCGUCGAGGGGUACCUGUGGAGGAUGUAGAUCCAAAUGAGGCCAAAGCAGCUGUGGUACAUGGUACCGAUUUGAGGGAAAUGAACGAGGAUCAGCUGGCUGAUAUCAUUCGCAAUCACUCCGAAAUUGUGUUUGCGCGUACAUCACCUCAGCAGAAGCUGAUGAUCGUUGAAGGUUUCCAGAGACAAGGACAAAUUGUAGCUGUCACUGGUGAUGGUGUCAACGACUCCCCAGCUUUGAAGAAGGCUGACAUCGGUGUUGCUAUGGGUAUCGCUGGAUCUGAUGUCUCCAAACAAGCUGCUGAUAUGAUCCUCCUUGAUGACAACUUCGCCUCGAUUGUCGUAGGAGUGGAAGAAGGACGUCUCAUCUUCGAUAAUCUCAAAAAAUCGAUUGCCUAUACACUCACCUCAAACAUCCCCGAAAUCUCACCCUUCCUCACUUACAUCCUCUUCGGUAUCCCACUACCACUUGGAACUGUCACCAUCCUCUGUAUUGACCUGGGAACUGACAUGGUGCCAGCUAUCUCGCUCGCCUAUGAGGAAGCCGAAUCCGAUAUCAUGAAGCGACAACCUCGUGAUCCGAUUCGUGACAAACUUGUGAAUGAACGUCUGAUUUCGUUGGCAUAUGGACAGAUCGGUAUGAUCCAGGCAUCAGCCGGCUUCUUCACCUACUUUUGGAUCAUGGCUGAUAACGGAUUCUGGCCUCAGGAUCUCUACCAAAUUCGAGCCCAGUGGGACUCCCGUGCCUACAACAAUGUCUUGGACUCAUAUGGACAAGAAUGGACUUAUGCCAACCGCAAAAUCUUGGAAUACACGUGCCAAACCGCUUAUUUCGUGUCCAUUGUGGUUGUGCAAUGGGCUGAUUUGAUCAUCUCAAAAACUCGUCGUAACUCCAUUGUUCAACAGGGUAUGACCAAUUGGACUCUCAACUUUGGACUUGUGUUCGAGACAGCUCUUGCCUGGUUUAUGUGCUAUUGCCCAGGCUUGGACAAUGGUCUACGUAUGUAUGGAUUGAGGUUCUCGUGGUGGUUCUGUGCUCUACCCUUUUCGGUUCUGAUCUUCGUGUAUGACGAAGUCCGUCGUUAUUGCAUCCGAAGAUGGCCUGGAGGAUGGGUGGAACGCGAGACUUACUAUUAAACUUGUGCUAGUUUGCUUUGCAGAAUUCUUUAGUAAGUUAUCUUCCGUAGGAAUAAUCUCUCAUCUGACCUCGAGGUGAUGCCUGCAAAAAACUGCUUCUCAAUAUGAUCCUCGUAAAAUUCAGCCUUAUUAUAGUAAUAUAUCUGCCUCGUACGUAGUCAUAUACAUCUUACUUACCCUCUUAUGUUAAAUAGUUCAGAACACUCUGUGAAUGUGAAGUUAUAAUUUUUUUGCAUGUUUAGUAGGUUUAGUUUUGUUGAUAGUGUAUGUGCUCGCUGUUAAAAUAGACUAGGAUUUAGUUAUGAAGAAAAAGCAAUGCUUACGUUCUCAUAUUUGGUCACGUUGUACUUUCAUUCUGGAAUUUUAUCAUCGGUGUAACAUAGACAUUAUUAACCUGUGAGUAUGUAGCGCUGCUAAUAAAUUUAUAUUUCGG